GAACUACUGGUGUGAAGUAGUAAAUCAGUAGUAAUAUACCUUCAUCAUCAUGCGUCUGGAUCUGACUGUCACCCAUGUUCCUGAUAUUAAAUCCAAGAAACCUUGGCCUAGGUUGACAUGGCUUGGUAAUCAGAUAAAUGACCUGUUACUGGUAGACUCUCAUCGUAUCAAGGUGCUAUGUCAGAGUGGGAAGAACACCAGCAAGAAGAAGAUUGUAAAAUUACAAUCGCAUCUUACUCAUCUUGUAGCAUCUUGUGUCUCACCAAAUGGUGCUUAUUUACUAUGUCUUCUGGAGAGUGGCAAUUUACUCAUUUAUAACAAAGACAAAGACUCGUUGAAGACAGUGCCAGGAAUUGAUCAACUUGUCACUCAUAAGACGACAAAAGCUGCAGACAAGACAUUUACAGGUACCUCAGCACCUCAAGUAUUCUUGUCAAGUGAUGCCAAUUACAUCCUGGUUGUGAUUGGCCAGAGCGAACUCUAUAUGUGGGAAAUCGACCAAUCACUGCUACUCUCUUCUGCCAAGCAACAUAUUUUAAACGGCACAUGGUCUCGUAUUGAGUGUGAGGGUGCGACAUUGCCAAGUGUAGAUUGCAAAGAUACUGCCAUAAAAGCAAUCUUCUUUCAGGAUUCAGUUCUGGGUUCAUGUUGUAUAUGCUCCUUUGUAUUCAACCAUCGGUCCAACAUUCAGAUUUCUUCAGUCUUUCUACGCUGCUUGGAACCUUAUCAUUUAUACACAACAAACCAAUCCCAUUUCACUGCCAAGUGGUCCACAUUGUCCUAUCCUCUCUCAGAGCUAUCUGAAUCCUGUGAGCCCGUCAGGCAUCAUGGAGCCUACCUCAUCAGUCACUCACAUAGCGGUCAAACUUUGGCCAUAGCGGUCAAUCAACGGUCUCCAGCAGACACACGUGUGCUAUUCAUGUCUGUAGGGGGCUCAGUAGCGAUCAGUGUUGAUAUGAAAGGAUGUGGAUGUAGGAAGGAUAACAUCAGGACCAAUAAGAUCAGGUCUUACUGGUUGGCUGAUAUAGCUUGGACGGUAGAUGACUUAUUCUUAGCCUGUCUUACUAAACAAGGUUGUCUCUCGUUAUUAUCACGUCUUGGUGAGCCAGUUCUGAUCCAGAGUUAUGGCUGCUCUACAGAGCUUGAACCUGGGUACUUCCUACCAUUCCACCCGCUUGUGACCUUCAUACCGAGCUCUAAGCAGAGAAGUUCGUCAUUCACAAAGAGCAAUCAAGAUUCUUGGUCUCCUUCGAGUUCUCUCCGAUCUGAAGCUGAUGAGAAACGCCAAAGAUACUCACUAGCCACUCACCACAGUCUCCCGUUACUCUUAAUAUCAGAUGGUUACCUCGUGACAGUCAUGGAGUUACCUACGGGUCUAUCCUGUGCGGGGAUUGUACGAGAGUUCCUGAGUGAGGGUCGGACUGCAGUCAAUCUGUUGCUGGAGAAGCAAGGUAUUGAAGGGAACAGACUGAGAGGGUUAUCAACCUUACAGGCUCAGGCUAGCGUCUCAUCAGGGAAACCAGGGUUGGAUAGAGGCGGAUCCAAGAGGACGUUAUCUCUGGAUGAAGUCAGAACAGAUAGUCUCGACAAAGAUGGCCUGAUGAGCACGGCGGGAAGUGACUUUGCCGAUUAUGCCGAUCGGUUUAGCCAGAUGGAGGAAGGGCAGUUUGUGUUUGGUGAUUCCACCCUGUUGCAAAAUACUCAACCAGUGAAGUUAUCGAAUGCAGACGGCCAGGCAGUUAUAACUGAUCGAGCACAACGGUCGCUGAUGAGCGCGUGGGGACUGGUUGUGUCUCAUACGGGACGAUGGACAAAUGAAACUGAAGAUCUGCUUCAGUAUACAGCGAGAUCCUUAAUCAAUCUGUUUGUAGUCGUCCUAAAAGCUAGUCGCCAUCAGCGUACUCUGCAGGAUCUAUCCGCAGUCUAUAUGGUGCUGAAUCUCUUCAAGGCGGCUACGACCACCCUGUAUUGGGAUUCCCAGUUGCAUCGUAGCUUACCCACAGCCUUGAGGCUUAUUAGCGGAACGGUCAAAUCCCUACUCAGACAUUCCGGCCACACUUACCUAACCACGGCACCUAGAUGGUGUAUCAGUAUCCUACAGUACAGUGAGAAACUUUUGAGUAAUAUCUACAGCUUCACCAAAUCUGAUCAACCGACAGUGAGUUAUCGACAGCUCCCUUAUCACAGGGCGGACAUAGUGGAGAGCGCCCUCAUGUGUCAGGAUAGUGUUAGGAUGAGAGGGUCACUGGACAGUGGGACGACAAGGUUAACGAGAGGAAGUAGUAGUGAGCGGAGGAUAAACCAACAGGAAGUGGACUGUGUUGUCAUAGCUGUCGGACACACACCGGCUAAAAGACUGAUCAAGACAUGGAAGCUUCUUCACAGACACCUUGCAGCCAGAUACAGGAAACUUCACAGGGACUCUUCCACUCGCCAGAGGAGGGGUGUGCGGAAACUGCUGUUGCUUAUUUGUGGUGUGCAGCUGAAAUUAAAGCAGUUGGGAUGUAAUGUAGCCCUAUCAGUCAGCCAAGAGUGGAGUAAACGUAUUGAUGCUAGCUAUCUCAAAGGAUGUGAGUACUACCUACAAGGUUGUACAAGGGAGGCCGUUACCUGUUGGUAUACGGUCCUACACCAGACUAAACAACUACAGUAUAGAGAUAUGAUGUUACCUAGCAACCGGGACCAUCCUACGCAAGAUUAUACAACUCAAAUUUACAAAUCCCCGUUUCCUACCACUGGCUCUUCCACCCUUGUAUCUCACUCCCUCCUUGCCAUUCUCUAUACCCAUUUGGAGCAGUAUAACUUAGUUAGUGCUGUAAGAUUAGUUGAUUCCUUGAUAGAGUGUUUUAGGGUGGAACAGCCCGGAGAGGGUAAGCAAGGCAAACAGAGGGAGGGUGGACGGCAGUAUCAUGGGAUACAGAGAAGUAAAGUCUCCUUUUUGGGAUGGAAUGCUGAUGAGAAACAGGCACAUCCUGAGCUUCCCUGUAUUCCAGACCCUGUACAGAGGGGAGCAGUCCAAACUCUGGCUCGCUUUAUGGCGCUUUACUUCACCAAUCAGUUCUUGUUUGUAUAUCCACCGUGUGCCGCUAAACCGUUGCCGCCAUUACACUUGCCAGUAACUCAUAAUGCUCCCUGUAGGACGGUGCCUAUAUACCAUGAUCGCAUCUCAGGUAGUGUUAGACAACAACAACUAUCGGAUAUAUGGACUGCCGAUACCGCCAUGGCCCUGCUGCUAGUAUGUGGUCUACUCCCUGAGGCCGUGUGGCUCGCUCGGGAACUCCGCGAUUGGAAGAGCGCCCUCAUGCUCUCAGUUAUUGCCAGGGAGAAUUUGCAUGCCGAAGUGGACAAUAUGAAGGCUUAUGAUGCAAGUAUGUGUGAGAUACUGUCCCUUCCUGACCACCUUACCCCAUUGGUCAUUGUCAAGGAGGGCAUUAGUGUUAUUCUACAGACUCCUUUGACGUCUCCUACCAGACCAGGAGGGAGGCCGGUCAAACGGAACUCUUCAUUCAGUGAGCAGGAUCGACGAGGCAGUAAUUCACUGAUGGUGUCUGGAUUGAGAAGGAGCGCCUCAAUGUGUUCAGUCAACGAAGAAGACCGCGUUCUGCAGGAACAGCUUUCCCGCUCUCUAACAGACAUGCUAAGUGCGGCGACCAUUGCCGACCUUGAUCCGACCCCAUGGUUGCUGAGCAACCUAAUGGAUCGUUGUCUCUCGAUGGUUGCUGAGUUCAACACUCUGGUGCCGGAAGAGUUCUAUCUCCCAGCUCCUCCUUUCUAUUGUCCGCAGCCAGACUAUGAACCUAAGGAUUCCGAUCCAGAGGAAGUAUUAUAUGAGAGCAGCCUGAGGCAUGAGGUCAAUGAUGUUAUUCAACUCUUGCUGCUAGUCCUGAACUCUGCUAAGUGUAGUUUACCAUGUGCACGCUGGUAUGUGCAACAACUAGAUAUGUUGGCUACUGUAGAGGCUAGGAAAAAGAAGCAACCUCUAGUGUCUCUACCCAGUGUCUUGAUUGACCAUGCCCACUACCCCGUGGACCUACUCAAGACUGGCAUUGACUCAGCUAACCUACCACAUUGCACGGUCAAACUGCUGCAGAUAUUCCGUGAUUUGUGUACAUUGGUCUGGAUGCUUCACACUCGGGACAAACUCACAAUGGCGGUCAGGAAGUACCAGGCCUGCAGGGAACGCACAUUACGUGUAAAGCCUCAGAACAAUGCUGAAUCAGCGAAACACAAGGAGCUCCUUCAAGACAUCCUAUAUUGGGCAGACCAUCUCCAUCCUUUCUCUUCAUUCCUUAACCUCGAAGAAGAAGUCCAAGACAUUCUUCUGACGGCAAUCUCAGAGCUUCCUCCGACCAAGAAGACCGUUGCCAUUCUUGCCCGCCACUUCCACGACGCUGGAAAUCUUGCCCCGAUGGUAGAGGAGAAGUUUCAACGACUGAUGGAGAAACUGAAACGCAAAAGUGAAGUUUCAACUCGCAAGAUGAAGAAGAAGGUCGGUGAGUCGGAGAAGGAGAAUAAACGACUUAAGUUUGAGACACUCCAUCAGCACUAUCGAUAUGAAUGUAAGCAACGUAAACUAGCCGUGAGUAACAAACGUGAGAUAAUAGGAGGCUGUGAGGUACAGGUGUUUACUGAAGUAGCUGACCAACUCUUCGCAAAGCAAUCCCCAGAUGAAGUCUCUCAGCACUCGGAGAGUGCAUCCACAGCAAAACAGCAGCAGCAACAACAAAAACAACAACAACAACAACAGCAACAGCAACAGCAACAGCAACAACAACAACAGUCUGUAAAUGGUGCAGGAUUCAAACAGGAAGGAGAAUGUUAUCCCCUUGUUGGUUCCCGAGAGUUUGAGAGUUCAGCCGGGUAUCUAGACUUCCUGGAGACUUUCUUUCUAGUGGCCUUCGGGAAAAUCGUCCAAGAGAGUGCGCCAUUCACUGGUAAACCUAAACUACCACUGCUGAAAGUUUAUUCAUCGGAGUUGAGGCAGAAGGAAUUUGGGUCGGUUGUGAAACGGAUGUCUGGCAAUGCUAAGCCGACUACGGUAGAGAUUGAUUCGUCUAGUAUUACAAGAGUCCAGUUGUCCAACAGAGACCCGAGUCAACUUAACCCGUUUGAUAUAGCAGAGAAACUGUCUGCUGAUGAUGAGACUAAAUCAAUCAAGAGCAGAAGUAUGUUUCAUCAUAAACAGGAUACCCUUGAAGGAACUGCAGAUAUUAUUUCACUUAGGAGACAUGGAAGCCGGGGCAGCUUGGUAGGUUUUGCCGAUUCAAACAAAAUGAAAACCUCGUUGUCUAAAUCGAAAGGUGAGAAUUCCUCUCGAUAUGGCAUUCUUCAGCCGUACACUACAGUCGUACUGAAUCUAGGCAGAGUGUAUAAGAGUCAAGCACAGCUACUGCAAUGGUUCGGAAGGUGGUCUGAGAGACAGCUUGCCAUUCAUGCAUGUACGAGUGGACAGGCUGACAAUGAAUCCAAAGCUGUUAUAAGAGUGCGCAUUCCACAGCAGCUGGUGCUAAACAGCUUGUGGUUGGUCCGUCAUAUUUAUAACGUAGACUUGUUUGAAGAUCAGUCCAUUCCAGAAUAUCCUGUUCCUAUGAAUUCACAUGACGGUCAUGAUGGUGCGAUUGAACAAUAUCCAAAGGAAGCAGACCAAGCCAGCUCUGCAAGCAGAGUAAAGGGAAGGAAUGAUAAAGUGGACAAAGAUGAAGGAAUCAAGGUUGAAAACCAGCGGAAGACACAAACAAAGAAAACAUCGAAAAAGAAGAAGAAGAGAGGUAGUAGUGAAUCCGAUGAAGAUAAGUCCUACAAAGAAAGUAGGAAUUCAGAAAGAACAGAGAGAAGACGCGGAAGUAAGAAAGAGGACAGACGGAAAAAGACAAACAGAAACAUCACACCAUCUGAUGAGAAGGUACGGCAGGAAGAAUCUUCUGGCAAAAACAAGGUCAGACAAAAAAGACGACAGCUUCCAGAUGUGACUCAAUCCCCAAGACACUCGCCGUCACACACGAAGACAACCAACCAGCUACUGUUGCGGACAAAGAGUCCAAACUCAUUAGAGGUUCCCAACUCCUCCAAACAAGCCUCAGAAUUGGGUAGCGUUUCGGACAUGUCGGACGGAAGCAGUGUAUCCGUGAGUAUCGCAACAUCUCAAGGGAUUAUUGAGCUUAGCCAGGGUUCAGACGAAGAGAACAGGUCAUCACGGAGGAAACCAGGCAAGAAACGACACCAGCAACAAAGGAGAUCGAGGCAAUCUGGUACUAGAAGGAGCUACAUGGAUAGUGAUUCGAGCAGUAGUUCGUUGGACAUUAGCUCAUUAGAUGAAGCUGACCUUGCGUCAUCACAUUAUGGGAAACAACGUGCAACAGCAGAUUGGUUAGUGAGCACAGAGAACCAAACGACAGAGGCUGAAUAUACUAAGAUUGAAUCCGAGGAGAAGCAACCACCGACUGAUGCUUCAAUGUCUCUCAAUCUUAACAUGAAGGAUGCGGACGUCAAGAGACUGGUCAGAGAGGAAUUCAUGAGGAUUAUGAAGGAGAAAAGCAAGACAUCACCCCAACCUGAAACUACAGGAUCCACUAAAUCUAAGCACGGAGACCAGGAAAAACCCAUCAGAACUCUCAAUUCAGUACAGGAUAGCACUAGGCAGUCUGGUACCUCGUCUGAUGCGUUCAUUAUGCAAGGUAAAGAUGCAGAGACACAAGCACCAUCCCCGGUUCUGCAAUCAUGGCAUGGAGUCAUGCAGUCAUCAGCACAAAAGAACGGAACCCCUAUGACUUCUGCUUCAAAAGAUCUCAACAGAAAUCACUUAAAACCCACUGCCUUGGGAAAACAUGAACCGGUUGAUUCCGGUCGUGACCGGUUGCAACCGGUACAGUCUAGUAAUGAAGCCUCAGUAUUGCAUAGUGACUUCAAACCAGAUCUUCACAGCACAGCAUACAAUAAUGAUGACUCUAAACCGGUUCAGACCGGAAGAAUCUCUGAUGAUAAUAGGACCAGAAGGAGAGUCUCUUCCUGUGAACCAGAAAUGGAUGAAUUAAGAGUUGAAGAUCUUGACAUGGCUGAUCAAGAAGAUGGUCCAGAUACUUUCCAGCACGGACAUCCAAAUUAUGGUUAUGGGAAUAAUGGUCAUACGUCAGAACGCCUACCGCCACCGACCUACAAAUCAACAUUUCGUUUCGCCAUGCAGAUACCCAUGCUGCUUACUGUACCUCCACAGAAGCUAGCUCAGGGUGCACUCGGCGCGGCAUUCAACACCCCACACCAAGGAAUGGCUCAAUCACAUCCCAUUGCACCAUCUGAUAGGAGAUCUACUGCUCCUGACUUGGAUAGCAAUGUGCAUGCAUCGCACUACCAACAACAAUCACACAGGGCUCCUCCAGACUACUUCAGUCAGCAUAGGACAGAACCUAAAGCCCCGUCUGAAUCAGCCAGAAACGCUCCAACCCACCCACUUACAGAUUCAAGGUAUGAUCCAGCAGUGGGCUUCGUGGCGAGGGAGCACCCAGUCCAGCAUUUGGUAACCCUGUUGCAUCCAGGUGCUCAACAACACCAAAGCAGUGACACCUUGCCGUCAAUCCCACUACUCCACAUGGAACCUAGGUAUACGGUACCCAGUAUGCCCCCACCUAGAUACCCGAAUCUAGCUAACGUAUUCCCUAGUCACCCAGUACACCCGUCAUCAGAGAGUCGCCUGCCACUCCUGCAACUGCAACCGGGUGGGAAGUCUUCUCAGUUUGUUCCUCUAGAGGAGUUGAAUGCUUACGAGAGGAGACGGAAGCAAGAUGGAGAGACGCAUCCUGCCGUGAAGGCUAGACAGAUGUAUGAAGGGAAGGAAGAGACUCCAGGUCCACUACAGCUUCUUCAUGUGGACUUAAAGAAUGACCUGAACAAUGUGACAAGGCAAAGGCGUCGUCAUGGUCAGGACUCCCAGAGAGUACCUGGUGAUGAACAAUCGUCCAUCAUGGCUGAUCAAACUGCUGAGCAAUCAAAGAAGACGAAGGAUGGUCCUGAACGGAAGAAACAACAAUUGAGACGGGACCAUCUUAAAGACAGAACUGAAAACAGACCCAGUGAGGAGAAAAUUGAGAUGGGCAGGUCGAAUCAGAUUGGAUCCGAUGAGAGUAAAAUGAAGAGAGAUGCUAAGUCAGACACAGGAGACAAAAUGAUGAAGUCAAGAGUCAUCUUAGUGGAUGAGCAGCCGCCUAAGGGGGAGAUACCAUCAGAGUCUGAUUCGGUGAACUCAAGCACUGAUAGUGAAGAGGAGGACACUCAGAAGAAUAAGAAGAUGAGACAAGAAGAUAUUGGAACGGCUUAUGCUAUUAAACCAGGAUCAUUUGAUGCUAUGCUUGAUGACCACGAGGCUAGAAGUGCAAUACCAACUGCAGCUCAAGUACAUUAUGAUACCAUCCAAAAAUUACAAACCAAACCUAUAGCCACUUCACAUACCAGAAAUGUCUCUACAUCAAUGAGCAAGGACGAUUUCCCACAUCACACUCCAAGUGUUGCUGAGGCUACAUCACAGUACACAGUAGCAGCCACAGGUUUAGCAGAUACAGGCCAGGUUGUUGCUCCGGAUAUCUUUUUCAAUCUUGGUUUUGGAUCGUCUGUGACAGAUCAACAACCCAGCCUGCAGGACAAGGAAAUCAGCAAGGGAUCAUCAGUGCCUGUGAAGGGACGUUCUUUCAUCAGUGUUGUUGACAUCGAGCUGAAGGAUGUUCCAGAUAUACCACUUAAUGUCCCCAAGCCUCCAACAGACCAACCUCCACAUCCCAAUCAGCCCCCGACACUACCUCAGUCCACUCCUCCCCCGUCACCUACUAACGCUGAGCUACACUACAACGCCUUGUUCCUUAAAGACGCUCAUCCAAAGAGAACGCCUCCUAUGGUGCAGUUUGAGGAGAUGGAGGGAGGACCGGAUGAGGUUACUUUAAGAGUAUUGGAGAGACGAGCUAAGACAGACAGUCGCCAGCUUGCCAAGAGCAGAGCUCAAAGUGAAUCCACUCGCUCAUCAACUAAAGCUAGUAUAAGUCAACGCUUAGCUCAGAUGGAUCAACAGCUCAAUGCCAUUGAAGAAUCAGCUGCUAAUAUCGAUCAGGACUUCAGAAAUACAAGCUUGAUGUUGCAUACAGUAGAGAACCUUGCUGAUGUCAUGGCUCCUGGUGACACCAGACCAAAGGCAGACUAUACACUAAGAGAGUACAGGGAACCAGCCAGUGAUGCUGACCAUUCUGGCAAUGACUCUAAACCACCCAUUAUUAAUGAUGACGAUCUUAAGAGAAGUCAGGAGUUAAGACUUACUGAUGGGGAGCAGCAGGAGGAGGUUGGAGGUGUUACUAUGGUAACUGAAUCUGAAGGAAACCUCACAGGUGUAGACAGAGGAGAUGGUACAUGUUUAACUCUAGGACUAUCGGGUAUAAGUGGAGUGAGUGAUAUAAUAGCGGAGGUCAUAGCGGACGGAAGUAGUGAGAUAAGAAUGAUGGGAAUCUCCACUCAGCAACAAAAAGCAGCCAAGAACAAACUUAAGAAGAGAAGAGAAGCUGAACGAGGACAAGCAGACGACUUUGGUCACCUCAGCAGUGAUAAGAUUAAAGAACUCCUUGAGACGCCAAGAACACCACGACAAGAUGAAGAGGACAAAUGGCCAUCAAGGAGAAAAGCUGCAGAGAGAAGUGAAGAAGAGAGAAGAGAGCUUCACGAAUGGGCAACGAGGAAACGGGCUAAGAAACUUGGCGAGUAUAAGAAGCAACGUGAAGAGAAGAUGGGAUCGGAGCAUAAACCGUAUCAAUCUAACAAUGCAACGGGGCCUUCAUCAUUGAAAGAGAUUAGGAAACUAGAAGAAACAAGGGACAAGAAUAGAAGAGUAAUGAGAGAUGAAACACACGGUGAGAGGGUACAAUUAGCGAAGGCCCUUAUGUCUGAGAUAUUCACCGAUAAACCCAAGCUUCUUAAAGAAACAUCUCCCAAGACAACCCGAAAGAGAGACCGAACUCUACAGGAAUCAAAUAAAGAACCACUGGAAUCGUUAAAAGCGAGUACAAGACAGGAUCGGAGCGGACAGAGGGGCACCUACAUGUUUAUUGACAGCGGAGCGUAUCAGAACACACUAACUUCGACCAAGGAAAACGUAGGAAGGACUUAUGGCUACAAUACAAGGAUACAGGAAGAUUUGACUCGAGACACACUACAGGGUCAAGAGUACAAAGGUCACGGGGUCUUAUCCAGGGAACCUGAUGACUGGAUGAUGCUGGAUGGUAUCUCAGAAAUCACAGAGACUUCAGCCAAGGAGUCUAGGAACAAGACUUCUGAGACGAGGCUGUAUAAACCUAAGCCGUAUGAUCAGGUGGUCAGAGUUCAAAGGCCAGAGGUCACCAGGAAGCAACAGGCAUCACCGAGGAAACAGAAAACGUAUACGGAGAUGUUGCAAGAGAUGAAAGGUGAAGGGAACCAAAUGAAGUCAUCAUCUCAAACAUUGAAGGCCAAACAACGAUUAUAUGGUACCAGAAGGUUACCAGGUUCAGGCAAAGGUCUAGACAGGACCUCUCCUAGAGUAACAAAGACUUACAGUCAACGCCUAUCUGAUAUGCAACAGAAGACGGGAGGCCAGACUCGUCUGAGGCAACGAUCUACUAGACCAGUAGUGCCGAAGAUAAAUACGGAUACCAUGACAUUUAAUGAUCGACGACGUCAAGUUGAAGGAAGAGGUAUUCAUGCUGAAGCAACACCACGGUCUUCUACUCCAUACCAUGAGCAACCCUCUUCAAGAUCUACAUACAGAGCUCGAGAUGACGUCGUUAGCCCUGCUCCUAAAGUGGGAGUGAAGUAUAAACCUAAAGAUACUCAACCUUCAACUUAUGUUGAAAGACUACAGCGAGCCAGCUUAGAAGCGCCUCGUACUCUAAGACAUGACGAUGUCUAUGUUGGCACUCACCCAAGAGAGACCUACAAAUCACCUCCUCUACGCAUACCGACAUCGAGGCAUCAACCGUAUCCAAAACAAGGUGAUGAAUGGGACGAGAGGUCAGGAUUGAGUGACAUGAGCUCAUGGAAUGUUUCCGAUGAUGUUAAGAACAUUCUAGCGAGGAGAGACAGUUAUGAGGGCAAUGUGGAGUAUGGUACAGAUGAUGACGUGAGUUUAGAAGGAAUGGACUUCAAUGAUUACACUGCAUCGGUCGAUGUCAAACAGCUACAAGAUAUUGCCUCCGUGAGUAGUGGCAGUGUCAUGAGUAAUAUAGAUUGGGGUGCGGUGGAUAGAAUGAUAGCUGAUGUUCACUGACCCCUGAACCCACCGAUGAAACAUUGUGCUAUUUUAUACCAAAUGAUGCUGGAGACCAUUUCACAAAGAUACAUGUAGCCCUAACUUAGGAC